CCACACACGACAUACGUCCGUGAACCACUGACACAAAGAAAGAAAGAAAGAAACCAUGAACUGCCUACUACGGACCUCGCGCCGCCUCCUCCUCGUCUGUAAGCAGGCAGGCGGCGUCCGCCGAUUGGCGUCGCUGCUGCCGCCCCAUGCAAACCCGGUGCCCCGCUUCAAUCAGUUGUACCGUAAUCCGCGUACGAUCGCUGCGGUGGCGGCCCUCACCUCAGGUGCCGAGGCUAUGGCCGCCUUGCGUCACUACGACCUCGAGGUUGUGCCAUACACGAACCGCACGCACAUCGUAAUCAGGUCUCCUCAGUCCGAACGCCAGCUCUGGGAGCCCCGCUACACAAAGCAGAAGAAAAUCUGGGCUUCCAAAUCACGGAUCGUCGACCCGCUUCACCCGGACAGCGUUCGUGUACGUCGUAUCGCCGAGAAAGUUAUUCGCGCCACCUAUCGUACCCUCCCUAUCAACAGCAGCCACGAUGGCACCAAGAGCCCCAAGCCACAGACAAGUCAUCUUGAGGGGUUUGAGUGGGAGGUGAUACUUAUCAAAGACAACAAGCCCAAUGCAUUCUGCGUCCCUGGUGGCCAUAUUGCAGUAACCGCUGGAUUGGUCGAACAAUUUACAGAUGCUGAGAUUGCCUUUGGUAUUGCGCAUGAGAUUGGUCACAUAGUUGCUAGGCACUACUCGGAAGUUUGUUACGCCAAGUGGUCUCCAACACUCAUGUUUUGGCCUUUCAUACGAAGGUCCGAGAUGGAGGCAGAUCACAUUGGAACCCUUCUACUUGGAGCUGCUGGUUUCCAUCCAUGCACGUCCCUCUUAUUCUUGAGGAAGGCCGCAAUGAUUGAAAGAGCGCUCUGGGUGCCACGAGAUUCCAUCCCUCUUCAUCCUUCACAUAAGAGAAGGGUUGAGCAUUUGUACCAACCCAAAAUCAUGGAGGAGGCGAUGAAGUUAUAUAAGGAAGCUCCGCCCGACGAAGGCACCAGCUCACAAGCCACCGGUGAAGGUUUUUCCUUUCGACAAACCCUGGGAGAUGCAUGCAAACUUAUAUCGACAAGACUGAGACGAGUUCUUACGGGGGGAUGAACAGAUUAGAAUGCCCAAGUUGAAGAACCACGCACAACCACAUCUUCAGCACAUUCCGAUAUGAAUGGACAUGCAGGGCAAGUCUGUUUGACGGAUGCUGCCAUAACUAUCCUAAAAUUUACAUAUAUAGUAGCGGUGUUUUUAUAUUUUUUUUGCCGAAUGUUGUUCUUGUGCACUAUCGUGAAACUGGGCUAUAUAGCAUGUAUUUUGUGUCUAGGCAUAUAUUUUCAGAAAAGCAUUGAAACAUUCCUCUAA